CGAUGUAAAAACUGCAGCUGAGAUUUUUUUUUUGGAGAAUUUUUCCGUCACUGCAGAAGAGAAGUGCUUUCAUCUUGAAGACUUGUUCUUCAGGAAUGAUGUGGGCUCGACUGGGAGUGGCGUGGAUCUGGGCCUGGUUACUGGCGGUCAACGUUCUGGGGAAAAGCUCAAAUCAGAAUGGAUCAGACGAGCAGAAGGACAACACCACCGUCUUCACCCGGAUCUUGGACAGUCUGCUGGAUGGCUACGAUAACCGUCUCAGGCCAGGACUCGGGGAGCGCGUGACUGAGGUGAAGACUGACAUCUUUGUGACGAGUAUCGGCCCUGUCUCCGAUCACGACAUGGAAUACACCAUAGACGUGUUCUUCAGACAGAGCUGGAAGGACGAGCGUUUGAAGUUUAAAGGUCCGAUGGCGGUGCUGCGCCUCAACAACCUGAUGGCCAGUAAGAUCUGGACUCCCGACACGUUCUUCCACAACGGCAAGAAAUCUGUCGCGCACAACAUGACGAUGCCCAAUAAACUGCUGCGCAUCACAGAGGAGGGAACGCUGCUCUACACCAUGAGGUUGACGGUGAGAGCUGAGUGCCCGAUGCACUUGGAGGAUUUCCCUAUGGAUGCUCACGCCUGUCCACUGAAAUUUGGCAGCUACGCGUACACGCGGGCUGAGGUGGUGUACGUGUGGACGAGAGGAGCCGCUCAGUCAGUGGUGGUGGCUGAAGACGGUUCUCGGCUGAAUCAGUACGAUCUGAUGGGACAGACGGUGGACUCGGGAGUCGUCCAGUCCAGCACUGGCGAGUAUGUUGUCAUGACGACGCACUUCCACUUGAAAAGGAAAAUCGGCUACUUUGUCAUUCAGACGUAUCUGCCGUGCAUCAUGACCGUCAUCCUGUCACAGGUUUCCUUCUGGCUCAACAGAGAAUCCGUUCCUGCCAGAACCGUGUUUGGAGUGACCACUGUCCUGACCAUGACCACUCUGAGUAUCAGCGCCAGGAAUUCUCUGCCCAAAGUGGCCUACGCCACUGCUAUGGACUGGUUCAUCGCCGUCUGUUACGCCUUUGUGUUCUCCGCCCUCAUCGAAUUCGCCACUGUCAACUAUUUCACAAAGAGGGGCUACGCCUGGGAUGGCAAGAGCGUUGUACCUGAGAAGCAAAAGAAGAAAAAGGAGUCUCUCCUGAAGAAGAACAACACCUACACAGCUGCCACGGCAACCGCUUUCGCCCCCAACAUCGCCAGAGACCCAGGAUUAGCGACCAUCGCCAAAAGCGCUCCUCCUCCACCAACCGAGCCUAAAGAAGAGCCGAAACCCAAACCGGCUGAGGCCAAGAAAACGUUCAACAGCGUGAGCAAAAUUGACCGGAUUGCCAGAAUAGCGUUUCCUCUGCUCUUUGGUACCUUUAACCUGGUCUACUGGGCGACUUAUCUCAAUAAAAAACCCAAAAUUCAAGAUGCGCUAACCCCCCACUAAUCCCAAACCUUUCGUAUCCCUUCUUUCUUUCUCGUCUCUUUUCUUUAAAUGUCUCUUUCCAAGUAGAACAAAAUAGUGUCCGAGUCGCGAGUCUCUACUUCACCUCCAGUGUAAUAUAAGCUUCCUUGACUAAAAAAAAAAAAAGAAGACAGAGAAGAAGACAGAAAUCUACAAAAUGUGCUCAGUGUGUUGCCAUGAUGAUUCCACCCUGAUGCUAAUACUACGCAUCACUCCCUGUGUAUAUACUGUAUAUAAGCAGUAUAUAACUACAAUCGCACAUACAGGAUCUUUUUUAUUUUCUCAUCAUGCCAUCAUGCAUGAGCUGCACUUUUUCUGUUUCCAUGAUGGCAGUCGAUGCUACCUUUGAGUGUUCUUCCAUCCUCCGUAGUCGAUGUGUUCUAUUUUAAAUAGAGUUUUCGACAUUGCAAGAGCAAUAAAAUA